AUGUCCGACGAAGAGAGUGAGCCCAGUUUCCUCGAAGACGUCAGGGUGAAGUUUGUGGAGGAGAAAGUUCGUGUCUUCCUGCGGCUGCACCGCCACACAUGGCCGAAGACAGCUGUCAACGAGGAGUUUCAAACUCUGCUCACACACUUCUUCGAAAAGGAGCCUGUUUUAUUUUUCUCCUCGUCGAAAACAGGUGGUCUGGUUGCUUCUAAAGAGGCCUCAUCUGAUGGUCAGAACAAGAAGAUCUAUUUCCUGAAGAAGAGAUGUGAGCCUGUCAGCUGUGAGAACUACAGGGAGCUGCUGCUGUUCGGCCUCCUGUCUCCAUCACCACUUCUGCAGCUGUCAACCAUCGUCGAGCAGGUAUGCAUCCCACUGCUGUCAAACAAAAACAACCAUCAGAAGUGGCCAAAUGUGAUGUCUGAAGAUAUCAUUCGACAUGUGGAGAGCGUGUGCAGUACGACAUCAGUCUUACGAGGACAGGUCUCAGGGAGAACUGUCCUCCCUCUCCCAACUGCAACAGACUGGAUGGAAAAUUCAAACAGCUCCAUCAAAAUGCUCAACUAUGACCGGGCAGUGGCCCACACAUUAGAAACCCAGGUCAUCAACUGGAGCAAUCUAAUCCAGAAGGUUUUAAAGGAGGAUUCAUCAGAUCUACUUAAGACUGGCAGUAAACCAGGUCCCAGUGUAGAGCUGAAGUUUUGGGCAUCCAGGGAGAACAAUAUACAGAAUAUUUAUCAUCAGCUCCAGAGCCCCAUUGUUCAAAAGAUGGCAAAGGUGUUAGAGAUGAUGGACAGCAGCUAUCAUCCAGCAAUCAAGAUUCUAGUUGGAAAUGUCUCUGAUGCACUACAAGAAGCGCAGGACAUUAACAUCUAUCUACAGCCACUACAUGCACAUCUCUCUAAGCUGGAAAAGGAAGGAUUUCCCCAGUUGAAAAAAUCCAUUCCUGUACUGUUUCACACUCUAUUCCUUAUCUGGACCAACUGCCAGUCCUAUCGAAGGCCGAAACGCAUUGUGGUGUUACUGCAGGAACUUUGCAAUCUACUUAUUGAACUGGCGUCCACAUACCUCUCAGCAGAUCUGCUGCUCAGAGAGGACCCAUUGGAAAGCCUACAGAUGGUAAAGAGAGUAAUAUUAGUCUUCAGGUGUUUCAGAGACAGUUACCAGACCCAGAGGGAGAGGUUGGCCAACCAUGUGAAACAUGCACCCUGGGAUUUCCCAUCUGCCAUGAUUUUUGCACGUUUCAAGCAGUUCCUUGAUCGUAUGCUACAACUGGAGGGCUUGUUUCAAAUCACGCUGGACUUUCAGAGGAUGGAAAAGCUGGAAUUUGGUGGACCUCAGGCGAAACUCUACAGUGAGCAAGUGGCUCAGAUGUAUAAAGACUUCUGUAACCGCUGCCAAAUGUUGAAGCACAGUGAAAACAGCCCACUCGACUUAAACUCUCAGGGUUUUGAAAACGAGUACAAGGAUUUCAAAGAGUGGACUGUGGACUUUGAAUGCCACCUUGCCAGCCUUCUGAAUUUGGCUUUUAAGGAUUAUUCAGGACUGGAAUCUGCCUCAAAACUGCUAACUGUUAUUGGACCCUUCCUGGAGAGAAGACAAGUGAGACAGAUAUUCAGCCCUAACUUCCUUGCGCUGCAGCAAUAUUUCAGAGAAGAGCUGGAGAAAUGUAAAAGCCUGUUUAAAUCCAAGAUCGAUCAGAUGGAGAGUGGUCUGACCAAGAACAUGGCUCACACAUCUGAUGCUUUGAAGUGGGCAAGAAUGCUCAGAGAACGUAUUCAAACACCAUGGGAAAAAAUCAAAUCGCUAUUUGAUAUGCCUGCAGGAGGCGUGGAGAUGGUGAGCGUGGAGAUGGUGAAGGAGAACAACAUGUACAUGGAGAUGUUGCGUCUCCUGGACCAUUACGAGGAGGACGUUUACUCUGACUGGUGUGAUGGUUUGGAACAGACCUGCUUGAUGAACCUCAACCAGCCUCUUCUCUCCAGAAAUGCCUCAUCUGGCCUGGUCUCAGUCAACUUCAAUCCAAAGCUGACUGAAGUCUUGAAAGAUGUGAAAUAUAUUCAGAGUCUCAGUAAGAUCCAAAUCCCUGCAGCUGCAACGACUGUUUUCGAUAAGCGUGACAUGUUAACAAAGUAUGUGAGCAGUCUGCAGCUGUUGGUACAAUGGUACAACCAGCUCAAGCAGACGGUGCUAGAGGUCGAACUUCCUCUUGUUCGUGCUGAGCUGGAAUCUGUAGACCUGCAGUUGACAAGAGCGGAGAUUGACCUGACAUGGCAGGAUCUGGACAGCGGGAGCUUCAUCAGCACCACCAAAGACCUGGUCCAAGACCUUGUAUGUCGAGUCAGCAGAGCAAAGGAGAACUGUGAAGCCAUUCAGUCACUGAUGAAAGGAUGGAGUAAACAAGUCCUGUUUCACAGGAAGGACAACAAGAGAGGUUCACUCAUACAGUUGGAGGACAGAGGAGAGCGCAUCAACAGGAAGUUCAACGGCUUGAAGAAGGACGGAGAUUGGAUCCACAAGCUUGUGCAGGAGAACAUGGUUCUUUUCCGCGCUGACCCUGCUUCAGAAGCGUGGCAGUCGUACCUGGAGUACGUGGAUGAGAUGGUGGUGGAGGGGCUCUUCAGCUACAUCAGCCUCUCUCUUCAGUUCUUUGUGGACAACAUGGAGUCGUGGCCAAAACUGGCGCCUCUGUUCGCGUCUCAGUUGAUGCUGAGUGGCUCAGGGUUGGUCUUCCUCCCCUCACUGGAGCGAGAAGCAGGGGACGGCCUCUAUGAGCUGAUAGAGGGACUGGUCGGAGACAUAUUCAAGACGUCAGUGAAUAUCAACAGAGUGGCUGCUCACCUGAGCACGGAGUCCUACCAGGAUGUAAUGGAUGACAUGCUAGAUCUGUUGGACCUGAGGCAUGAAAUAAUGGAGCGAGUGCAGAACGUUCUGAAGAAAGCCAUAAACUACCAAGAAAAAUUUGACUGCUACACUCAUCUGUGGCAAGAUGACAGGGCUGAGUUUCUCAGCCAGUUUCUCCUGUAUGGACGUGCACUCACUGCUGAGGAGCUGGAGGCUCACAGAGCAGGGGUUCUCCCUGAGAGUCCGCCUACGAUUGAUAACUUCAAAGAGCAGAUUGACUAUUUUGAGGAUCUCUAUACUGAAAUUUCCAAGCUGGAAGAUUUCAGUGUUUUCAACGGAUGGUUUAGGGUGGACAUCAAGUUUUUCAAAGUCAGCCUCCUUAACGUUGCGAUGAAGUGGAGCUGGCUGUUCAAAGAGCACCUCCUGACUUAUGUGACAAACAGUCUUGAUGAGCUGCAGAUGUUUGUCCGAGCCACUGUUGAAGGGCUGAACCAUCCUGUAGCUAAAGGAGACCAGCACAACUUGACAGAACUUAUGAGUCACCUGCUGGCAGUGAGAGACAGACAAACAGCCACUGACAAGAUGUUUGAGCCUCUUAGAGACACAAUAAUCCUCCUGGAACGAUACGGAGUGACCGUAACAGACCAGGUCUACUCUCAGAUGGAGGAACUCCCUGAGAAAUGGUGUGCAGCUAAAAAACUGGCCUUAAUAGUGAGACAUGAAGUGGCACCCAUGCAGAAUACAGAGGUGAUGGUGUUACGGAGACGAUGCAUGGCGUUUGAGGUGAAACAAACCAAAUUCCGGGAGAUGUUCGGAGCAACUGCGCCCUUCACUUACAAUGCACUGCAUCCCUACGUCAGUAUGGAGAAAUCGGAAAAAGCCAUUCAAAGCAUGGAGAAAGAAGUAGCUGAACUUCAGGAGUCCACAAAUCUGUUUGAUGUGACCAUUCCUGAGUACAGAGACAUCAAGCUCUGCAGAAAAGAGACCGUCGUCCUCAAAGAACUGUGGGACAUUGUUGUAUUUGUGCAGAGCAGCGUGAAAAACUGGACAAUGACCAAAUGGAGGCAGAUAAACGUGGACCAGAUGGAUGCAGAGUUGGGGAGGUUUGCCAAGGACAUGCGGAAGCUUGACAAGGAGGCCCGUGUGUGGGAUGUGUAUUCUGGGUUGGACCUUUAUGUAAAGAACCUGUUGACGUCACUGCGGGCCGUCAGUCAUCUUCAGAACCUGGCAAUACGAGAGCGUCACUGGGCGCAGCUUGUUCGAACCACAAAGAUGGACAUCACUGUUACCGACAGUACCACCUUGGACGACCUCCUGGCCCUGAAACUCCAUUUGUUCGAAGACGAAGUUCGCAACAUAGUGGAUAAGGCAGUCAAAGAAAUGACCAUAGAGAAGGUUGUAACAGAAAUCAGAGAAACGUGGGCGUCAAUGGAGCUUUCAUAUGAAGAUCAUUUCCAGACCUCUGUGCCACUUCUUAAAUGUGAUGAGGAUCUUAUCGAAGCUCUUGAGGAUCAUCAGGUUCAGCUACAGGGCGUCUCUCAGAGCAAACACAUAGAUCACUUCCUGAUCCAGGUGCUGGAACUACAGAAGCAGCUGACUGUGGCUGACUCUGUGCUGUUGGUCUGGAUGGAGGUGCAAAGGACAUGGGCUUACCUGGAAAGCAUCUUUAAAGGCUGUGAUGACAUCUGCCAACAGCUGCCUGCAGACGCACACAGGUUCCAAGCUAUAGAUGAAGAAUUCAAGGAACUAAUGUUGGACAGUGCCAAGACCAAAAAUGUCAUAGAGGCCACCAACAAACUUCAUCUCUUUGAGAAGUUAGAAGAUCUACAAAAAAGGCUGGCUCUGUGUGAAAAGGCUCUUGCUGAAUACCUGGAGACAAAGAGACUUGCGUUUCCACGAUUCUACUUCAUUUCUUCUGCAGAUUUGUUGGACAUCCUUUCUAAAGGGAGUCGCCCAAAACAGGUAACUGUCCACCUCUCAAAACUGUUUGACAACUUGUCAGAUCUGGAAUUUGCAGAACAUGAACCGGUGGACAAUCCUAAACUUGCGGUGGGCAUGUACAGCAAAGAGAGGGAACAUGUCCCAUUCCAGACUGAAUGCUGCUGUUUUGGCCCAGUGGAGGCAUGGCUGGCCUGUCUUGAAGAGUCUAUGAAGGAGUGCGUCAGGGGUCACCUAUCGGAGGCUGUGUCCACGUAUGAGGAUAAGCCCAGAGAGCAGUGGAUUCUGGACCUCCCCGCCCAAGUGGCUCUGACUGGAUCUCAGAUCUGGUGGAGCAACGAUAUGGAGCUGGUGUUUAAAAGACUGGAGGAAGGUUACGAAUCUGCACUAAAAGAGUACAACAAGAAGCAGAUUUCUCAACUGAACUCACUGAUCAGCAUGCUACUGGGAGAGCUGAGCCCGGGCGACAGACAGAAGAUCAUGACUAUAUGCACCAUUGACGUCCAUGCUAGAGACGUUGUUACAAGCCUCAUCGCGCAAAAGAUCACCACCUCACAAGCCUUCCAGUGGCUUUCCCAGCUCCGACAAAGCUGGAAUGAGCAGCAGCGCCACUGCUAUGUUAACAUCUGUGAUGCUCAGUUCCUUUACUCUUAUGAGUACCUCGGAAACACUCCACGUUUAGUCAUCACUCCCCUCACAGACCGCUGCUACAUUACAUUGACUCAGUCACUCCACCUGACUAUGAGUGGGGCCCCAGCAGGUCCUGCUGGAACCGGGAAAACUGAGACCACUAAGGAUCUCGGCAGAGCCUUGGGCAUCAUGGUCUACAUCUUCAACUGUUCUGAGCAGAUGGACUACAAGUCAAUCGGAAAUAUCUACAAGGGUCUGGCUCAGACUGGAGCAUGGGGCUGCUUUGAUGAGUUCAAUCGUAUCGCCGUGGAUGUUCUGUCAGUUGUUGCAGUGCAAGUCAAAACAAUACAGGACGCCAUUCGCUCCAAAAAGAAAAGGUUCCUUUUCCUUGAAAAGGAAAUUGACUUAAAGCCCUCUGUGGGGAUUUUUAUCACGAUGAACCCUGGGUAUGCAGGAAGGACAGAGCUGCCUGAGAACCUCAAGGCUCUUUUCAGACCCUGUGCCAUGGUGGUGCCCGACACUGAGCUUAUUUGUGAGAUAAUGUUGGUGGCAGAAGGCUUCCGAGGUGCUAAGCUUCUAGCCAGGAAGUUUAUCAGUCUGUAUACUCUCUGCAAAGAACUGCUCUCCAAGCAGGACCACUAUGAUUGGGGUUUGCGCGCUGUCAAGUCUGUUCUGCUUGUGGCAGGGACACUGAGAAGAAGAGACAAGACAAGACCAGAGGAUCAGGUGCUGAUGCGUGCUCUGAGGGACUUCAACAUGCCUAAAAUUGUGACUGAGGAUGUGACCAUCUUCAUGGGACUGCUGGGAGACCUGUUCCCAGGCCUAGAGGUGGAGAGAGAGAGAAGCUGUGAAUUUGAAAAGGCAAUCCGGAAGACCACACUGGAGCUGCGACUUCAGCCCGAGGAACCAUUCAUCCUUAAGGUGGUGCAGUUGGAGGAACUCAUGUCUGUGCGUCAUUCUGUCUUUGUUGUUGGAAAUGCAGGAACUGGGAAAAGCCAGAUAUUGAGAGUUCUCCAUAAAACCUAUGUAAACUUGAAGCGGAGGCCUGUUUGGAAUGACCUCAAUCCUAAGGCAGUAGACAGAGAUGAAUUGUUUGGCUUCAUCCAUCCUGCAACCCGAGAGUGGAAAGAUGGUCUGCUUUCAUCACUGAUGCGAGAGCAGGCCAACAUCUCCCACCGAGGACCUAAGUGGAUUGUGUUGGAUGGAGACAUUGAUCCGAUGUGGAUUGAAUCACUCAACACGGUGAUGGAUGACAACAAGGUCCUGACUCUGGCCAGUAAUGAACGUGUGCCUCUAACCACUUCCAUGCGACUGGUGUUUGAAAUCAGUCAUCUUAGAACAGCCACUCCUGCCACUGUGUCCAGAGCAGGAAUCCUUUAUGUGAACCAGCAGGACCUGGGCUGGAAUCCGUAUGUUGCCAGCUGGAUUGACCAAAGAGAACGGCAGACAGAAAGAGCCCACCUCACCAUUCUCUUUGAGAAAUAUGUUCCUCGUUGUCUAGACAAAAUGAGAAACACAUUUAAGACCAUCACUCCAAUCCCAGAGAACUCUAUGGUGCAGACACUCUGUGCUUUGCUUGACUGCCUUCUAACACCAGGGAAUAUUCCAUCGGACUCUCCACGUGAGCUCUAUGAGACCUACUUCACCUUUGCCUGUAUCUGGGCUUUUGGUGGGGCCAUGUAUCAUGAUCAGCUCUGUGAUUAUCGGGUCGAGUUCAGUCAGUGGUGGACCAAAGAAAUGAAGACGGUGAAGCUGCCAGCACAAGGGACGGUGUUUGACUACCACCUUGACCGUCAGACCAGACGCUUCCUACCCUGGAGUGAUACUGUGCCGCCGUUUGAAAUGGAAACUUGUACGCCAUUACAGGCUGUUCUGGUACACACAGCAGAGACUGUGCGUCUCCGCUACUUCAUGGACUUGUUGCUGGAGAGGAGACAGCCGCUGAUGCUCGUUGGCAAUGCAGGAGUGGGGAAGACUGCAGUUGUCAGGAACAAGUUAGACUGUCUGCCCGAGAAUUACAUGACCACAAAAGUACCUUUCAACUACUACACAACCUCCCUCAUGCUGCAGGGGAUCUUGGAGCAACCGUUAGAGAAAAAGGCAGGUAGAAGUUACUCCCCUGUUGGCAACCGAAGGCUUAUAUACUUUAUAGAUGACAUGAACAUGCCAGCUGUUGACGGUUAUGGAACAGUGCAGCCUCAUACACUUAUACGACAACAUCUGGAUUAUGGGCACUGGUAUGACAGACAGAAACUGACCCUAAAAGAAAUACACAACACCCAGUAUGUUGCCUGUAUGAAUCCAACCGCUGGGAGCUUCAAAAUCAACCCCAGACUACAGAGACAUUUCUCAGUGUUUGCAGUGAAUUUUCCUUCAGCUGAAACUCAGAUGUCCAUCUUCAGUCAGAUCCUCUGCAGCCACCUGAACCAGCAGCUUUUCAGUCCGCUGGUUCAGAAGAGCGCCCCGACUGUGGUCCAAGCUGCCAUAGCUCUUCAUCACAGGAUGGUUCACAGCUUUCUGCCCACCGCUAUCAAAUUUCACUACACAUUCAAUCUACGAGAGCUGUCCAAUGUCUUUCAGGGAAUUCUCUUCGCUGGACCUGAAUGUGUGAGGGACAGCACCGACCUGGCGCGGCUGUGGCUCCACGAGUCGUGCAGAGUUUACUCGGACAGACUCGUAGAUGACAAGGACCUGCAGCUCUUCAGGAAGCUCCAGAUGGAGACUGUGCAUGAAUGCUUUGAGGGACUGGAGGACAAAACGGUGACAAAGGAGCCUCUCCUGUAUUGCCACUUCUCCCAGAUGAGUGAGGAAGCCUUUUAUGCUCCUGUUGCAGACUGGUCUGUGCUCAAGUCCGUCCUCACUGAUGCACUGGAGAACUACAAUGAGCUUAAUGCAGCAAUGAAUCUGGUGCUGUUUGAAGAUGCAAUGCAGCAUGUCUGUCGCAUCAGUCGCAUCCUGGAGUCUCCGAGGGGUCACGGCUUACUGGUCGGGGUCGGGGGCAGUGGGAAGCAGAGCUUGACUCGUCUGGCUGCCUACAUGUCCUCUGUGGACGUCUUCCAAAUCACUCUCAGUAAAGGUUAUGGCAUCCAGCACCUCAAGAUGGAUCUGGCCGGUUUGUUCCUGAAGACCGGAGUGAAGAACCAGCGUGUGGCUCUGCUCCUGACUGAUGCACAGAUACCUGAUGAGCGUUUCCUGGUCAUAAUUAAUGACUUACUGGCCUCAGGUCAGAGACAAACUCCAGCACAGUUGUGCUGCUUUGCUGUCGCUUUGACAUCAGAGGGACCACUGAUUGUGAUUAUUAAUACAUUUUUCCUUUCAGGAGAAAUCCCUGAGCUCUUCAGCGAGGAUGAAAUUGAAAGUAUUGUGUCGGGUGUGAGAGCUGAGGUCCGAGCCCUCGGACUGCUGGACAACAGAGAGAACUGCUGGAGGUUUUUUACUGAUCGGGUCCGACUACAGCUCAAGGUGGUAUUGUGUUUGUCUCCCGUCGGCAAUGUCCUUCGUGUUAGAGCCCGUCGGUUCCCGGCCCUCGUCCAAUGCACCACCAUCGACUGGUUCCACCCUUGGACCACUGAUGCUCUACAGUCGGUCAGCCACAGGUUCAUCCAAGAGAUUGGAGGCAUUGAGCCUGCCGUCCAGGAAUCCAUCAGUCUUUUCAUGGCCUACGUUCACACUAGUGUCAACCAGGCAAGUGAAAAAUACCAGCGCAAUGAGAAGAGGUACAAUUACACCACCCCCAAGAGUUUUCUCCAGCAAAUCACCCUGUACAGAAACCUUCUGGAGAAGAGCCGCGCUCAGCUCCAGCACAAGAUGAACCGGCUUGACAGCGGCCUUCAAAAACUCCAAACCACUGCUGCUCAGGUUGAGGAUCUCCAAGCAAAAUUGGCGUCGCAAGAAGCCGAAUUGACCUUAAAGAACCAGAACAUUGAAGCUCUCCUUGCAAAGAUUGGACUGCAGGCUGAGAGGGUUAGAAACAAGAGAGAGGCUGCAGAUGUGGAGGCACAGAAGGUUUCUGUAAUCCAGGCAGAAGUAUCAGUCAAACAGAAGGACUGUGAAAACGACCUCGCCAAAGCAGAGCCAUCGCUUACGGCAGCCACGACAGCACUGGACACCCUCAACAAGAUGAAUCUCACCGAGCUGAAGGCCUUUCCAAACCCUUCAGUGGCAGUGAUCAAUGUGGCAGCAGCUGUGAUGGUUCUGCUGGCUCCCCGCGGUCGAGUGCCUAAGGAUCGGAGCUGGAAGGCGGCGCGGGCCUUCAUGGGCAAGGUGGAUGAUUUCCUGCAGGCCCUGGUGUCAUACGACAAGGAGCACAUCCCUGACUCCUGUUUGACUGUGGUGAAAAAAGAGUAUCUGAGAAAACCUGAAUUUAACCCUGAUCUAGUUCGGACCAAAUCUACAGCUGCAGCUGGUCUCUGUGCCUGGACUAUUAACAUUGUCAAAUACUAUGAGAUUUAUUGCGAGGUCAUUCCAAAGAGACAGGCAUUAUCACAAGCAAAUGCAGAGCUAGAGACAGCAACAGCCAAACUGUUGUCAGUUCAAAAGAAACUGGAGGAUCUUGAUGCCAACGUUCAGAGCCUAACAGCACAGUUUGAAAGGGCUACAGCUGAGAAAAUCAGUUGUCAGGAGGAGGUGGCUCGCACCAACCAGACCAUAGAGCUCGCCAAUCGACUGGUCAAGGGCUUGGAGUCAGAGAAGGAGCGAUGGUCCCAAGCAAUUGUUCAGUAUGAAAAGCAGCAGAAAACCCUGUGUGGUGACGUCCUCCUCACAACAGCAUUUGUGUCUUACAUGGGAUAUUUCACCAGGCAGUAUCGUGUGGAGCUUCUGAACAGUUCAUGGAUCCCCUUCCUUCAGUCUCAAAAGGUCUCCGUACCCCUGACAGACGGCCUGGAUCCUGUCCUCAUGCUUACAGAUGAUGCCACCGUGGCUGCCUGGCAUAACCAGGGCCUGCCAAAUGAUCGGAUGUCCACCGAGAACGCUGCCAUCCUGAGCACCAGUGAGCGUUGGCCACUCAUCAUUGACCCACAGCAGCAGGGCAUCAAGUGGAUCAGAAAGCGGCUAGGGUCAGAGCUGAGGGUGGUGCAGCUGGGACAGAAGGGAUAUCUAGAUGUGAUAGAACGAGCCCUGACUUGUGGCGAAACAGUUCUGAUAGAGAAUCUGCCAGAAAAGGUAGAUCCCCUCCUGGAGCCGCUGCUGGGCAGAAAUACGAUCAACAGAGGAAGGUACAUUCAAAUUGGGGGAAAGUUAUGUGAAUACAACAGUAACUUCCAGCUCAUACUGCACACCAAGUUGGCCAAUCCCCAUUUCCCACCUGAGCUCCAGGCCCAGACCACCCUCAUUAACUUCACAGUGACCCCUGUGGGGCUGGAGGAACAGCUGCUGGGACAGGUGGUGUCCCGGGAAAGGCCCGACCUGGAGGCCCUUAAGAUGGAGCUGACCACACAACAGAACCACUUCAAGAUUGAGCUGAAGAGGUUGGAGGACGACCUGUUGAGUUGCCUCUCUGCGGCCUGCGGUAAUUUCCUCGGUGAUAUUUCUCUCGUGGAGCAGCUUGAGAACACCAAGACCACAGCCGCUCACAUUCAGUACAAGGUGGUGGAGGCCAGAGAGAACGAGACAAAGAUCAACGAGGCUCGAGAACUCUACCGCCCCGCAGCUGAGACAGCGUCACUCCUCUUCUUCAUCAUCAGUGACCUCAGCAAGAUUAACCCCAUGUACCAGUAUUCUCUCAAGACCUUUAACUCGGUGUUUAACAAAGCGAUGGAGCGUGCAGAAUGGGACGAGGAUGUGAGGACCAGAGUGCACACCCUCGCAGAGGCCAUCACCUAUUAUGUAUUCCUGUACACCUGCCAGGGCCUGUUUGAGAGAGACAAGUUAACCUUCUUGUCACACACCGCCUUCCAGAUUCUAUUAAAACAAGACCUGAUUGACGCUGAGGAAUUUGACUUCCUGCUCCGUUUUCCUGGUGAAGCGAGCAAACAUAGUCCUGUGCCCUUCCUCUCUCCAUAUAGCUGGGGAGCCAUUAAGACAAUAUCUACAAUGGAGAACUUCAGUGGACUGGACAGAGACAUGGAGAGUUCACCGAAGCGCUGGAGGAAGGUUGUUGAAUCCAGUUGUCCAGAAAAGGAAAGACUUCCCCAGGACUGGAAGAACAAGAGCUCGCUGCAGAAGCUCAUUAUCCUGCGAGCGCUUCGCCCCGACAGGAUGACCUAUUCUCUGAGGAACUUUGUGGAGGAGAACCUGGGAACAAAGUACGUGGAUGCUGCCAGGAUGGAAUUUGAAAAGUUGUUUGAGGAAAGUGGCCCUUCCACCCCUGUGUUCUUCAUCCUCUCACCUGGAGUGGAUCCACUCAAAGACGUAGAGAAACUAGGUUUGAAGCUUGGAUUUUCCAUCGACCAGGGCACUUUGCACAAUGUGUCUCUGGGACAGGGGCAGGAGGAGGUGGCUGAGAAGGCUCUGAGGAACGCUUCUGAACUGGGCCACUGGGUCAUUCUGCAGAACGUCCACCUCGUGGCUUGCUGGCUGCCCUCUCUAGAUUCUCUUCUGGAGACAGCAGCGGUCGACAGUCACCUCAACUACAGAGUUUUCAUCACCGGGGAACCAGCAUCAAGUCCAGAGAAGCACGUGAUCCCCAGAGGAAUACUGGAGGACGCCAUCAAAAUCACCAAUGAGCCACCCACUGGCAUGAAUGCCAGUCUGCACGCAGCCCUCAACAACUUCAAUCAGGACACUUUGGAUCUGUGUUCACGGGAACAGGAGUUCAACUCGAUGUUUUUCUCCCUCUGCUUUUUUCACGCUUGUGUCACAGAGCGCCGUAAAUUUGGUUCCCAAGGGUGGAACCAUAACUACCCCAUCAGCACCGGAGACCUCACUAUCUCAGCAAACAUCUUGUACAACUACUUAGAAGCCAACAGCAAAGUGCCAUGGGAGGACUUGUGUUUCCUGUUCGGAGAGAUCAUGUAUGGAGGACACAUCACCGACGACUGGGACAGAAGACUGUGCAAAACCUACCUGCAAGAAUUCAUGCAUCCGAAAAUGUUUGAAGGGGAGCUCUUUCUGUGCCCUGGGUUCCUGGCCCCUCCGUUCCUGGACUACACUGGUUACCACAGUUACAUUGACGAGCAUCUCCCCUCUGAGAAUCCCACUCUGUACGGUCUCCAUCCAAACGCUGAGCUGGACUGCCUGACUGUCACCUCAGACAACCUCCUCAGGACUCUGCUGGAACUGCAGCCGCAGGACUCCUCCAGAGGAGAGGGGGCGGCUCAGAGCUCAGAGGAGAGGGUCAAGUCUGUCAUCGAGGACCUUCUGGAGAGGCUUCCAGACGAGUACAACAUGGCAGAGAUGCUCACGAAGGCGACAGAGCGAAGCCCCUACGUUUUAGUGUGUCUCCAGGAGUGUGAGAGAAUGAAUCUCCUGCUCGCAGAAAUAAGGAAAUCCCUCAUCGAGCUGGAUCUUGGUCUGAAGGGAGACCUCACGAUCUCUUCCAGUAUGGAGACUCUGCAGUCGUCCCUGUUCUGUGAUUCGGUCCCAGACUCUUGGGCACGACUGGCUUAUCCCUCCACUAAAACACUUGCACAAUGGUUCGGGGAUUUGAUGAUCAGCUGCCGUGAGCUGGACACUUGGACUCAGGACUUUGUUUUCCCGUCAGUGGUUUGGCUCCCAGGUCUCUUCAACCCUCAGUCCUUUCUCACAGCUGUGCUGCAGAGCAUCGCACGUAAGAACCAGUGGCCUCUGGAUAAAAUGUCUCUGACUGUGGAUGUGACAAAAAAGACCAAAGACGACUUUGGACAUCCUCCGCGGGAGGGAGCCUACAUCCACGGACUCUUCAUGGAAGGAGCACGCUGGGACACUCAGGCCGGAAUCAUCUCCGAGGCGGUUUUGAGGGAUCUGAGUCCAGCCAUGCCAGUGCUGUACGUCCGAGCUGUGCCCGCGGAGGAGCAGGAACUGGAAGGUACUUACGAGUGUCCGGUGUACCGCACUAAGCAGCGUGGCUCCACGUACGUUUGGACGCUCCCCCUCCGAACCAAACAGCCUCCUGCUAAAUGGAUUGUUGCCGGCGUGGCUCUGCUGCUUUCUGUGUGA